CGACUGAGAGGGUGUCGGGCUGCACCGCCCGCCCCGAACCUGCCGACGAGGACGCCGCCUGGUCAGCUUUGCUGCAGCACAAGGAGACAACGACCACCCCAGAGCCGCCAGAGCCGGUAGAGACUCUGGAGCACCGUGCGGCGGACCCAGCACCAGGCCCUGGACGGAUUGUUUUAGGUGGCGGUGAGGGUGGCCGUGUGAAUGUCACCUCGCUGAACACCUCUACCACGACGCCCACGACAACAACCAUCCAGCCGAAUAAUCCGCUCGACCUUGUCGACGGCAACCUGCUGCUGUCCAGACGCGACCACGCGCAGCACACGUUCGUGGACACGGCAGAGACGGGGAAAGGCAGACAGGGCGCGAGAGGAAGCGGACAGCUCGCGCAGGAUGUCGGAGGCGCGAUAGACAGCAGCCAGGACAGCAAUGGGCUGCACGGGCAGACCAUCAGCAGGCGGGAGAGUGUCCACGCGGUCGGACAGGACACGACGGGGUCCGCGGACAGCAGCCAGGACAGUGUAACCGACCUAAGUUCAGUGGACGACGAGGACUACACGGAGGAAAAUGACGACGAGACCGAAUUCGUUGACUAGACUAACUUCCAGAGAGGAAAUAAAUUUUUCAGAUUUCAAAGGGUGUUUUGCCUCAUCCAAGAUCAAACAAACUGAAAGCCACCUACGGACAGAGGAAAGGUAAUUCAUGUCUAAUGUGAUAACUUUUAAGAAGUCGGCGAAAUUGCAGAGUUUGUAUGAGUUGCACUUUCAUUGCUCACUGUAGAUUUACAGGUGUAAAAAGGUGUCCUUACUAUAGUCAAUAUUUUUCAGAUAUAAAACUAAGAAUAGUGUAUUGAUCAUGUGUGAGAAAUUUUGCUUUUCUAGCUUUCAUCUACCAGUAACAGCUAAGAAAGAAUAGAAAACAUUGAAAAAA